UGUUGGGAAUCUAUCGAGCCUCCAACAUCUUGAUCUCAGUUAUAAUUAUUAUGAUGACAAUCCACCUGGAUUUCUCAUCAUUGAUAAUGCCAUCUGGAUUUCUCGACUUUCUUCUCUGCGAUAUCUCAAUAUGUCGGAUGUGCAAUUCAGAGAAGGUGCUCAUUGGCUGCAAGCACUAAACAUGCUCCCUUCUAUUGUUGAGUUUCUUGAAGGCAAAAUUCCGGUUGAACUUGGGGAGCUGUGUAAGCUGCAGUAUUUAGGAUUGUCAGGCAUUAAUAUCAGCAAAAAUUUGCAUGAACUUGAUAAAGUGUUUACUGGAUGCAUCAAAAAUAGUUUAGAGACUCUGGAGCUGGUAGACACCAAGCUUGGCGGUUAUUUGCCAGACUGGUUGGGAGACUUCAAAAAGCUCAAAUAUCUUGAUUUGAGUGGCAACUCAAUUUCUGGUUCUAUUCCUGAAUCACUUGGAAGGUUGUCAGCACUUCAAAAAUUAUAUCUUUUGGACAAUAAGUUGAAUGGGACUUUCCCAAAAAGUCUUGGAAGACUUGCAGAGUUAGUUGAGUUAUACCUCGGAUGGAACCUUUUGGAGGGUGUCAUGUCUGAAGAGCAGUUUGCCAAUUUCACCAAACUGAAAUAUCUACAUUUAUCACAAAAUCAAUUAAUUCUGAAUCUGACGUCUGAUUGGAUUCCCCCUUUUCAGCUUCGGGUGUUAGGUAUUGGUUCUUGCAAGUUGGGACCACGAUUCCCAGCGUGGCUUCGGAUGCUAAAAAAUAUUACCUAUUUAGACAUGUCUAGCAUAGAAAUUUCAGACACUAUACCGGAUUGGUUUUGGAGGUCAUUUUCUCAGAUAUUCUGGUUAGAUAUCUCCAGCAAUGGAAUCACUGACAGUGUACCUGAUCUUAUAGACUUCAUCCACCUUUAUUAUUUUAAUUUGAGUUCUAACCACUUCGAGGGACCUUUGCCAAAUUUUAAUUCUUCAAUAUUGCAGGUAGUGGACCUAUCAAACAAUUCAUUUUCAGGAGCGAUUCAUCUUGACAUUAGCAAAAGUAUGCCUAAUUUGGAAUAUCUCUCCCUUUCCACAAAUAAUUUAAGUGGUGAAAUUCCCUUAUCUCUUUGUCAUCUUCGAUAUGGCGCUCUUGAUCUUUCAAAAAAUUUAUUGUUGGGUGAGCUCCCUGAUUGCUGGAACCACUCUUCCCGUAUCUUUGUCAUGGAUUUUUCAAGCAACAAUCUAUCUGGAAGUGUUCCUCCAUCAAUCUGUUCAUUACAUUUUCUCAAAUCAUUGCAUUUGAGUAAUAAUAAUCUUUCAGGAGAACUCCCUUCAUCUUUGAAGAGUUGUGCGAGAUUAAAUACUCUUGAUCUUGGACAGAAUAGAUUCACUGGUAAAAUACCUACUUGGAUAGGAGAAAGUUUAUUGUCUUUGAAGAUACUUCGCUUACGAUCAAACAAGCUUGUUGGAAAUAUUCCUCCUAAUCUAUCAAGACUAAAAGCUCUUCAAAUCCUGGAUCUGGCCAGUAACAAUUUAUCAGGAACCAUCCCUUCUAGCUUUGGAAACUUUACUGCUAUGAAAGUGUCGGGGGAGAUGAAUGAAACCAUUUUAAAAAGUUAUACUUAUUACAAUGAAAACAUGCAAGUGACCAUAAAAGGAAUAUACAUUGAGUAUGCUAAAUUGCUUCCACUUGUGAUCGUUAUGGACCUUUCAAAUAAUAACUUAUCUGGAAUGAUACCAGAAGAGCUGACCAGUCUUUUUGGACUCGUGAGCUUAAAUUUGUCUGGAAAUCAUCUGACAGGAGAGAUCACAGAAAAGAUUGGUGCAUUGCAACAGUUGGAGUCACUUGACUUGUCAAAAAACAAUCUUUUCGAUGAAAUUCCUUCAAGCAUCAUUGAUCUAACUUUUUUGAGUGACUUGAACUUGUCAUAUAACAAAUUAUCAGGAAGAGUUCCAAUAG